AUGCUCUCCACAUUCCUCCUCGCCUUCGUGCCCCUCGUGGCAGCGACGUCCUCCUCGAAACGCGGCCUCGUCUUCACCCCGAAUUCCAAGUGGCCUCAGGACAAUCAACUAUGGGUUCAGCCAGGCUACGAUCUGACGUGGUACUACAACUACCAGGAAAUCCCAAGCCCGGCCUACGCGGGGAAAUCGCAGGCCGAAUUCGAAUUCGUGCCCAUGAUGUGGGGUGUCUCAUCAAACCCCCAAGACACGGCAUUCCUUACGAGCGUGACGAGCUUGAUCAAAGACAAGGGCAUCAACAUCACCCAUGCUUUGGGCUUCAACGAACCCGAUGGUCCGUCCCAGUACGGCGGCAGCGACGUAGCCCCCUCCAUCGCCGCCAAGGCCUGGGUUGCCAACUUUAUUCCUCUGCAAGAACUGGGUGUCAAGGUCGGCCUUCCCGCCUGCACAGGCGCUCCGACUGGGCUGCCCUGGCUGGAACAGUUCCUGGGUAACUGCUCCCAGCUCAUCAGCACCGACGGAAAGACCAAGAACUGCACCUACGACUUCCUCCCAGUGCAUUGGUACGACAACUUUGGAGGUCUGGCGAGCCACAUUGGUGAGCGUGUUGCGGCUUUCCCGAACACCAAGAUCUGGGUUACCGAAUAUGCCUACGCCAACCAGGAUCUCGCCACGACCCAGGACUUCUACAACAUGAGCGCCGACUACUUUGACCGUAUCGACUACAUUGAGCGAUACACCUACUUUGGUGCUUUCCGCUCCAAGACGAGCAAUGUUGGUCCCAACGCCUCGUUCCUUAACAACGACGGCAAAUUGACAGACAUUGGCUCAUGGUACCUCGGCAAGGACGCCACAGGGGUGAAGCCAACGAGCAUUGCCGUUCGCGGAAGCGCACCAUCGCUUGCUGCAAUGACGGCUACUGUUCUGGCCGCCGUCUUCACCUUCACUUCAUGA